AUGGCUGUCAACAUCCCAGGAGUGGUUGCGAUGGUGUUCUUCUACAUGCUGGUCCUUGGAACUGGCAUCUGGGCUUCUUUCAAGUCCAAAAAGGAUCGGAGUAAAGGUGCAGCUAAUGGAAUGGAGAUGGCUCUGCUGGGAGAUCGCCGCAUCAACUGGAUGGUGGGGAUCUUCACAAUGACAGCUACAUGGGUAGGAGGAGGCUUCAUUGUGGGCACAGCUGAGAUGGUGUAUACACCUUCUAUGGGACUCACCUGGGCAAUUAUGGUGCUACUGGCGUACAGCUCAUCGUUUAUAAUUGGGGGCUUGGUAUUUGCCAAGCCAAUGAGAGAAAGGAACUUUGUAACAAUGCUGGAUCCAUUUCAUGCCAAGUAUGGAAAAGUACUGACAGCUGGACUGUGCCUGGCUUCACUUAUGAUUGAUAUGUUCUGGAUGCCCUCAACACUCAUCAGUCUAGGAGGAACAAUGAGUGUUGUCCUGGAUUUACCCUUCAAUGUUUGCAUCUGGAUCUCUGCUGCCAUUGCCAUCAUCUACACACUGCUGGGAGGCCUCUACUCUGUGGCCUACACAGAUAUCAUACAGCUUAUCCUUAUAUUCUUCAGUUUGUGGCUCUGUGUUCCCUUCGUUCUGAUGAACCCUCACUCUUUGGACAUCAGCCAGACAAUUAUCAACAACACCCUACACUCUCCCUGGAUUGGCUCACCGGAGUUAAAAAAGACCUGGAUAUUAAUUGAUGAAUUCUUAUUCUUUGCACUUGGGAAUCUGGGAUAUCAGUGCUUCCAUCAGAGGACCUUGUCGGCGUCCUCCCCAACCACAGCUAAGCUCACAUGCCUUGUUGCUGCAUUCAUCUUACUUCUAUUUGGGAUACCUCCCAUACUGCUUGGGGCAGCAGCUGCAUCAACAGACUGGAACCUGACCACCUACAGUUCUCCAUCUCCAUAUGAGCGUGGGGAAGCAGCUCUAGUUCUGCCUAUCACCCUGCAAGAGCUUACCCCACCUUUCAUCUCCGUUAUUGGAAUUGGUUGUGUGGCCGCUGCUGUGAUGUCAUCAGCGGAUUCUGCUUUGCUUUCUGCUGCGUCUGUAUUCAGCUCCAACAUAUACAAAAAUAUCCUGAGGCCCCAGGCAUCCGACAGAGAGAUUCUGUGGGUGAUCCGUGUUGCUGUGGUGGUUGUUGGCGUGGUUGGCACACUACUCACCAACCUAAAGAGCAGCGUACUACUGUUCUGGUUCCUGUGUUCUGAAGUGGCCUACAUCAUAAUCUUCCCUCAACUUGUCUGCAUCCUCUUCUUUAACAUCUCCAAUGGUUACGGGGCUGUUACUGGCUUGCUGGUGGGAUUGGUUGUAAGAGUGCUGAGUGGAGACUCAUUACUAGGGAUAACACCAGUCCUUCACUUCCCAGGAUGCACUCUUGAGGAUGGGAUUUAUGUCCAGUAUGCUCCAGUAAAGACUAUCUCAAUGCUGUCUGCAGUUGCUGCCAUCUUGUUUUUCUCACACCUCACCUCUACGCUCUUUAACAAAGGCUGGCUUCCUGAGAAGUGGGAUGUGUUCAAAGUGAAAGCUAAGCUCUCUCCGCAACAGCUGACACCAAUUGGUGGCACAACAGAAUAUAAUGAGAGUGAGAAACUGAAUGAAAACAACCUUCAGACUUUGACAUCAGAGACAUUGAGCCUAUAAUUAUCACAGGCUGGUUAGAAAAAACAUUGAAUGUGCUUUGGGAGAGUUCCUUUAUACAAUACAUUUUAUAAAAUGGAGAGUGAGAUAAUGUGAAUGAGAUAAUGUGAUUGCUGUUGGCACUUUUUUGAUCAAUUGUAACUUCUUUUCCCUGCAAUAAAAAAAAACAGUUGCACAUAAACACUGCUAUUUUUGUUCUAAUAAAGUUUAAAUAUCUCCCAUUUUAGCAAAAAAAAAGUCACUCUAGAAUUAGAAAACUCAAUGUUAUUUGCAGUCACCAUAUAGUGCCAUUUGUUUCAUGUCUUGGUGUUGGUGUUCCUUUUUUAUGGUCUCCUUGUGUUGGUAUUUGUACAAAUCUUCUGACCUAAUCUUUCUUGAUCAAUUUUGUAUACCCUCAUGUCUGUGUAUUCCUUGUCUGUGUAAAGUCUUGAGUGUUUCCUGUUUUAUUUUGUAGUUCUUGCUCCUUGGGUCUCUGGUUUAGUUCUACUUCCUGUCACCAUGUUUCCCUCCAGUUUGAUUGCACUUAUUGGUUUCACCUGUGUCUUUUGUCACACCUGUGUUGAUUAACCUGUGUCAUGAGUUUCUCGAUUUCCCAUUUCCAAGCAGUAUAUAUUUCUGUUUCUAUUGGCAGAUGUUUUACCCAUUACACGUAACUCAAGCCUUAUUUUAUUCUUCAAUUAUUUCAAAAUAUCUGGACUAUAUCUGGAAUAUCUGGAAAUCUGGACUAGUCAGGUGAAUGUGACAUUUAUUAAGUUUGAUAAAGCAUUUUUCACUAGAAAAUACUUUUUGUUUUGAGUUUUUGCAGUGCUCUACUGCUUUCUUUAUAUGCCAACUCUCACUUUACCUCAUUGUCGAAGAGGGAGUAAGAAAGGCAUUCAGUUUUUGUCCUCAUUUUGUUUCCUUUUAGAUUUUGCACCAAGCUUGUUUUUAUGUCUUUGCCGUUGAUCUUUGUGAGUGAACUGAGAUAUGUUUUUGUCUAUAAAGA